UCUCGUUGGUGUGUGGUGUGCUCACUUGCUCCGCUGAUCAAAAGUUUCUUUGUGUUCAACAGCGCUCAUAGACGACGGAGCUAAAUGGUGGUGCUGGAGUCGGAAGGAAUGCUGACUGCUGGAAGCAACCAAUACUUGCAACCAGAUUACUUAUCGCCAGUAUCAACCACCCUGGAUUCCAAAAAAUCUCCGUUGGCGCUGCUGGCGCAAACGUGUUCACAAAUCGGUGCGGACUCUUCCAAGCCUAUUCCUUCUGACAAGAAGAAAGACUCGGAUGAAAAGAAAGAAAAAACGCCAACGCCAGCUGAGCCUCCCAGGCGUUCACCAGCGUUCAAGCCCUACGAGUCGUCGACGCCUCGGAAGGAAGAACAGGAUGAGCAGGCGCGGCCAGCGUCGUUACAGGCGUCAGCGCGACCAUCAUCGACCACGAGUAACGGCGCCUCUAAUCACAACAAAGAUGAAGGCCGUCGCAGCAGCGAUGCAAGUGCAUCAUCGUCCAAUGCGACGCCUAUUAUCCGGUCGGGUUUGGAGGUGUUAGCAGGACAUCCUAAGGACGUUCCUUUAGGAACAUAUCGCACUGCAGCUUCCUCGUUUUUCCCAACCGGCUAUCCUUCUUUUGAAAGUCAUCCAGCCUUCCGAGGUGCCCACCCAGGGCUGCUUCAUCCAAGUUUUUCCCUGCCUGGCUUAGCUUCUCUGUCUUCAUACCCCGGACUGUACCCCAGUAUGCUGCCCUCGCAGUACAUAUCGUACACUCGCGUCAAGACGGCUGGUGGUGGUGACGCUAUAGUGCCUGUGUGCCGUGACCCUUACUGCACCGGCUGCCCCUACAGCUUACAAAACAACCAUCUACUUCUCUCUGGGGGAGCUUGCCCGCCCUCCUGUACACAGUGUGAGCAAGCCAAAGCUGCACUCAGUGCUGUGCCUGGUCUCUCGUCAGUCCCUCCGUCAUCUUUGGUGCCAGCAUCGUCUCUCCUGCCGCCCACGACAGUCUCGUCUCUAUAUUCGUCCUCAUUAUUCUCAACAGCUGUCCCUUCUCGCGGCUUCACGUGCAGUUGGAUGGCUGGUGCUGAUAGCUAUUGUGGCAAGCGGUUCAAUUCAGCGGACGAGCUUCUCCAACACCUACGAUCUCACACUCAAGUGUCAGUUUCAGAAGCCUCAGCCCUCAGCAUGCUCUCAAAUCCUCUUCACGCUCACGCUGCUCUCCUCAACUCGGCCGCUGCCCAUUCAGCAUUGCACAGACCAUCUUUUUCUCCGCCAUCUCUUUCUCCUCUCGCUCGCUACCAUCCUUACAGCAAACCACCCAGCGCCCUCACUCCUUCACUCUCUUCACUACCUCCAUACCCCGCCACCGCUCUCACCUCAGCUGCAUAUCCCGGCUACCCCUCCCCGUACGCGAGCCUGUAUCCGAGACCUUCUCUGUAGGAGUAGUAAUCACUUUGCUCUUCUGUAAAUAAUUAAAAUUUCUAUAUAUAUCUAGUAGUGCAAUUAUUUCUUCAGAAAAUCACUGGUUGUGUGAGUUGGUCGCAGAUCAAAAGACGGUGCCAAAGUCUCGCUAAACGGACUACAGAACCAAGUUUAGGUGUGACGCAAAUCGAGGUUAGGGAAACGAACGGAGAAAAUCCGGCGUAUUUAUUUGGUAGGAUACGUUUGUUGUAUACACGUUGUAAUUCGAUCAGAUUUUUGUGUGCCACUUGUCCAAACUUAAUGUCCUCGUUUCUUAUUUUACUCACCGAGAAUUUAUUAUUUUGCAUGUGUCCUUAUAAAUUUACGAAUUAGCAAGCAUUUGAGGCAUUGAGAAAUGCUGAUUAUUAUUCGAUCGUUCGAAGAAAAUAUCUCUGUUUAUAGCAUAAUUUUUUCAAAUAAAUUACAUCAUAUAAUUAGAAGAGUUGAAAUCGUGACUCAUUUUAUGCUGAAAACUUGUAAUAGUUUGUUGGUAGUAUUAAUUACGAAUCUUACGUUGAAUCUUCUACAGAUGACGUGCUUCUCCACUCGAAAACACUGUUGCUGACUUGAUUUGCUGCUCUCCAAUUGACAACUUGUUCUAGCUCCUGAUUUUGCCACACAAAUAGCUUUGUUUGAUGAAUUUUCAAAACGUACACCCGAAAAGCUGGUUGUUAUUAUGGUUUAUAUUCAAAAUUUGUGUUCUAGCCGUGAAUUUGUGUUAUCAAAAAAGUUAAGGUUAAUUACGAUAUUCGACGUCAACUACUAGAGAUCUGGUUCUCUCUUUAUCAUGCCUGGUAGACGGUCUGCUUAUUAUUGAGUCUAUUGAUGAACCGAUGUAUUUUUGCACAAAUUUCGACUGCAAUAUUUGCACUUUAAUCGAGUUUGAUUCACGCAAACAGCGAUUGUCACGAUAAUUCUUCAACUUCAAUAGCUAAAAAAUUCACUUUUUGUCUGAAUUUUGUUAUCGGGUUGCAAAAUUCGUAUUAUUUUUGUGUACAUCACACUGUAUUGUUUGGUAUAUCCCUUAAAGUUUUGAGUUGGAAUGUCUUCAAAUAAAUGUCUUACUUGAAAGCAGUGUCACCGCAAUAAGUUGUUUUACUGUUUAAAAUGUAUUUAUUUUUAAGCGGAUUUGGUUUAGCGGAAAACCCCUUUCGCGUUAGCGCCAUUGUAGUGAUUUAAGUAGAAUUUCGAAUCGUUAUUGCGUGCUCGUUGUUUGAACUUGGAACAAGUUUUUUUAUUUGUAUCAUUGGAAAUGGUAAAAAUCUUAGAAUAUUAUCCAAUGUCUGAUCUUUUCCAAUUCGUGUCUGUUUGAUUUUCCGGCGGCAGUAGAGUUUUGGCAGGUCCUGGAAUGAAAAAUUUCUUUAAAUUAUUAAUGUGUCAGAGAUUCACAUCUCACGAACUUGAAUGUAAUCAAGAUCUCUCAUUUGAACAAUUGAAGAAUUGCCGUGUUAUUUUUACCUGUCCGUUAAGUGCUGCACAAAGUUUUUCCUGUUUAGCCUAGUAUAAGCUAAACUUGAACUCCAUUAAGAUAAAUACGAAGCGAGUGCCUCCAUAAACCUUCAUAAUUCUCUUCCGUACAAAUCUCAGCAAUCCUUGACGCCUGCCGAGGAUAUUAGUUUAUUAAAUUUAAUAUACUUUCGGCGAUGAUAAAAUACCUAAGCUCUUAUCACUACUUCAAUGGAAUCCGUUCAAGGAGAUGUGAUUACGGAUCACAAGCGAUAUAACCUGGAGGUGGUCACUUAGAAAAACUUUAAUGAAUUUGCAAUGUCAAUUUCUGGAAUAAAUUUUUUUAUUGUUCAUUGAAAACAUAGGUAGUUUUUGUUACUUGCUUAUUUGUGCUAAAUAUGUUGAUCGCAGUGUUCAUUUUUCCUUAUUUCUGGAAUGUCAAAAUGUUCCAAAAUCAAUUAAAAUGGUUUGUUAUGUUUUUAAGCUUAUUCAUGAUUCAAAUUACAUCCCUUCAAAACGGAAGACCUCUGUUAAAUCAAGGACAUUAUAGUGUGACUAAAUUCUACCUCAUUUCCUUGCAAAUUUUCCGGUAAAUUUGUUUUGAAUUUAUACUGUGUCAAUCGGCCAUCGGUAUUGAAAUAUUUACUUGGCUUUGUCUCAAUUUUUUUCGGUCAUAGAUACAGUCUUUCUUAGGCCAUGUCUGUGAUAUCAUUGCAAAGACGUCACAUUUGUUUUCUCUUAAGCCUGUAAAUAGACCUCUUUACUACACCCAUAAUCUAUGCGUAUUAGGUUUUUUCUUCGUAUUAAAUCCUUCACUUACUCACGAAAUGGCUUUUUCUGAUGAAAUCACUAUUAAAACCUGCAUAUUUUAUUCA